AUGGGUUCCAUGAUAAUUGGGUUUUCCUCAGCUUAUACGUCACCCGCUUUGGGCACUAUGCAGAACAGCACGUCCAUAUCAGUGUCGGAAGAAGAGGCAAGCUGGGUCGGCGGAUUGAUGCCUUUAGCAGCGCUGGGAGGGGGUUUAAUAGGGGGGCCACUUGUGGACUACAUCGGGCGAAGAAGAACUAUUUUGUUCACCGCUGUACCUUUUUUCGUGGGCUGGAUUCUCAUAGCCACGGCGAAAAUUGUACACUUAGUACUAGCAGGUCGUGCCAUAUGCGGAUUGUGUGUCGGUGUUGGAUCACUGGCUUUCCCUGUGUACCUGGGGGAGACGAUACAACCAGAGGUGCGCGGCACUCUAGGACUAUUCCCAACUGCAAUUGGUAACAUCGGUAUUUUACUUUGUUAUGUUGCGGGAAAAUACCUUGACUGGUCACAGCUAGCCUAUUUAGGAGCUUCACUGGCGGUUCCAUUUCUUAUACUUAUGUUCAUGAUCCCAGAAACUCCACGAUGGUACAUAUCGCGAGGGCGCACAGAAGAAGCACGGAGAGCGUUACAAUGGCUUCGCGGCGCUCACACUAAAAUCGAUAACGAGAUUCGGGAAAUUGUUUUAUCAGACGCUGAAGUAGGUAAAGAGUCUGCUAUAGCCGAAUUGUUAAGCAAAAAAUACAUGAAGUCCAUAUUCAUUUGUUUAGGCCUAAUGGCUUUUCAACAGCUCUCCGGAAUAAACGCAGUAAUAUUUUACACAGUUAAAAUCUUCAAAAUGUCCGGGAGUUCCAUUAACGAACAUCUGUGCACGAUUAUAGUAGGGAUCGUUAAUUUUAUAUCAACAUUUAUAGCCACCGCUCUGAUUGACCGCGCUGGCCGUAAGAUGCUUUUAUACAUAUCUUCAGUUACUAUGACGUUAACUUUAAUGACAUUGGGCACAUUUUUCUACGUACGUGACAGCCUUAAUUUGGAUGUUAUCACAUUAGGUUGGCUUCCACUUACUUGUGUCAUGAUUUACUUGCUAGGAUUCUCGUUGGCGUUUGGUCCUAUACCUUGGCUAAUGAUGGGUGAGAUAUUACCAGCAAAAAUAAGAGGUGCCGCAGCCUCAAUAUGUACAUCUUUUAAUUGGCUGUGUACUUUUACUGUAACUAAAACUUUUCACAAUAUAUUAGUAGCAAUAGGACCAUCCGGCACUUUUUGGCUGUUCGGCUCCAUAUGCUUCAUCGGUUUAUUUUUCGUGGUAGUUUGUGUACCAGAAACCCGUGGCAAAAGCCUGGAGCAAAUAGAAAAUAAAUUGACAGGCAGGCAAACAACCAGAACACGAAGAAUGAGUUCCAUAGCCAAUAUCAAACCGUUACCAAGUGGUUGUUAG